AACUCCUCCGCGCACCCGAAGCUACUCUGCUGUUCUGCUACCCCCCUUCCUCCCAUGGCGUCCAAGAACGCCCUGCUCGGCCGCCUCAUCCUGCUCCUCCUCGCGUCCGUCACCUCGGCCUCCUCCUCGUCCAAUUCCGGCAAUGCCGAGACGGACGCGCUGAUGGAGAUCAAGGCGGCGCUAGAUCCGUCGGGGCGCGCGCCGGCGCUGGCGUCGUGGUCGCGCGGCGGGGACCCGUGCGGCCACAGGGACUACUUCGAGGGCGUCUCCUGCGACGCUCGCGGGAGGGUCUCGGUCGUAUCUCUGCAGGGGAGGCGGCUCUCCGGGAGCGUCUCGCCGGCGGUGGCUAUGCUCCCGGGACUCACCGGGCUGUACCUGCACUACAACGAGCUGAGCGGGGCGAUCCCUCGCGAGCUUGGCAACCUCCCCGACCUCGCGGAGCUCUAUCUCGGCGUGAACAACCUGUCCGGGGGCAUCCCCGUCGAGCUCGGCCGCCUUCAUCGCCUCCAAGUGCUGCAGCUGGGCUACAACCAGCUCUCAGGGAGCAUCCCUACUCAGCUAGGUGAGCUCAAGACGCUCACUGUUCUUGCCGUCCAGUCCAACCAACUCACCGGGGCGAUACCGGCGUCUCUAGGGGACUUGCCGGAGCUGACACGGCUGGACUUGAGCUCCAAUCACCUGUUUGGCUCCAUCCCUUCCAAGCUUGCCGGCAUCCCACAGCUUGCAACACUGGACCUCCGAAACAAUACACUUUCAGGAAGUGUUCCUUCUGAUCUGAAGAAAUUGGGUCACGGAUUUAAGUUCGACAACAAUUUAGAGCUCUGCGGGUCUCGUUUUGAUUCUCUGAAAGCCUGUCCUAACGAUGACAACGUCGAUGAUCAAAUGCCGAAUAAACCCGAAUCAACCUCCAUCAAACCGCAGCAAACUCCACAAAAUACAAGCCAAAACACAAAUUGCGACAACGGCACAUGCUCAAGCUCAUCGACACUCUCUUCAGCAGCUGUUCUUGCCGGAACAAUCAUAAUCAUAGCUGGGGUGGCGGCUUGUGGUCUAUCUGUCUUCUCAUGGCACCGCCGGCAGAAGCAGAAGGUUGGUUGUUCUGUGGAGAGCUUGGAAGGAAGGCCUAGUUUGGAGCAAUCAAAGGAAACAUACCAGAAGAGUGCCUCCUCACUGAUCAAUGUGGAGUAUUCCAGUGGGUGGGACACUUCGUCGGAGGGAUCGCAGCACGGAGCAAGGCUGUCGCCCGAGGGCUCCCCGAGUGUGAGGUUCAAUCUCGAAGAGGUGGAGUGCGCGACGCAGUACUUCUCGGACAUCAAUGUGCUCGGCAAGAGCACCUUUGCGGCGACACAUAGAGGGAUAAUGCGGGAUGGCUCGGUCGUCGCCGUCAAGAGCAUCAACAAGAGUAGCUGCAAGUCGGAGGAGGCUGACUUCUUGAAAGGGCUCCGCGUGCUUACGUCGCUGCGGCAUGAGAACCUCGUUGGCUUAAGGGGUUUCUGCCGCUCCCGGGCUAGAGGGGAGUGCUUCCUCGUCUAUGAGUUCAUGGCGAACGGUAGCCUUUCCCGGUAUCUGGAUAUCAAGGACGGUGACGCCGAGGCGAGGAUCCUCGACUGGCCUACCCGGGUCUCCAUCAUCAAAGGCAUUGCCAAAGGAAUCGACUACCUGCACAGCAGCAAACCGAGCAAGCCCCCUCUGGUCCACCAGAACAUCUCGGCAGACAAGGUGCUCCUGGACCACCUGUUGGUGCCCCGUCUCUCCGGCUCCGGCGUGCACAAGCUGCUGGCCGACGACGUGGUCUUCUCCACACUCAAGGCCAGCGCCGCCAUGGGGUACCUGGCGCCAGAGUACACGACCACCGGCCGGUUCACGGACAAGAGCGACGUGUACGCCUUCGGGGUGGUCGUGUUCCAGGUGCUCACCGGGAAGAAGGCGGUGUCGCAGCACCUCCUCCGCUGCCCCGUCGGCGACGCGGAGCCCGGCGGUGGCGCCAAGCUUGACGACCUCGUGGAUCCCCGCCUCGGGGCCAGGUUCUCGAGGCCCGAGGCAGCGAAGCUGGCCGGGAUCGCGCUGCUGUGCACCAGCGAGGCGCCGGGCCAGCGCCCCGCCAUGGCCGCGGUACUGCAGCAGCUCGGCGCCAGCCAGUAAUGACUAAUGAGCGAUCGUUGCCGCCGCGUUAACUCCUUUCUUGUUAGCUAAGCUGCCAUUUUUCCCUUUCAGCUCCAGCUCCAUCGAUCGGUUGGUACGUUCCUUGCUCAGGAACCUGACAGUUCGUCGCAAGCCAAGUUUCUGCUCUAUCUAUGCAGUCAGUAGCAGUAGUUAAUUAGUGGUUGCAUCAAUUUGGCAGCAACCACUUCAGUUCAGUCUGGUCCGGUGACACUGAUCACUGAUUGUAUCCUCAUCUUUUUUCACUCUCUACUGUAAAUGUGUGGUGUGCCGUGCUACUAUUAUCAGGUUGUAAAUGCGCGGCACGAAAUAAAGUCUACCCUGUUUUGAGAUUUCAAAAAA